AUUUCUUUUCUUCUCUUCUUUCACGAAAGAGACACAACAUAACGAUGCCGUCGUCGUCGUCGUCGUCGUCGUUUUUUGCUGCCGUUUUGCUCGUUAUUGUCAUGAUGUCCACAGUGGAAAGUGCAGCUGUCCGACUACGUCCAGUUGGCUCAUUGUUCUUCCUGAAUCGACCUCACGAGAAAAGAGCAUUCGAUUCGUUAGCUGGAAGUGGUUUUGAUAAUGGAUUCAACAAACGAGCAUUCGACAGUCUUGCUGGUUCAGGUUUCGGAGCAUUCAAUAAAAGAGCAUUUGAUUCAUUGGCGGGAAGUGGCUUCGGUGCGUUCAACAAACGCGCUUUUGACUCGCUAGCCGGAUCCGGCUUCAGCGGUUUUGACAAAAGAGCUUUCGAUUCACUGGCUGGACAAGGUUUUACUGGAUUUGAGAAACGCGCCUUUGAUACAGUGAGCACGUCAGGCUUUGACGAUUUCAAAUUGUGAAGAGCUCACUGAUAUUUAAAAUUUGGUUCAAUUCAAGCACAUAUUUUUGAGGUAGCUCCAACGAACGACACACACAAGCCCAGUCCCCCAGUAUUCCUGACGACAGCCCCUGCUCACACACUUUUUAUUAUAAUUCCUUUUUUUUCAAACUUUUUUUUCAAAUUUUAUACUUUAAUCUCAAAAAACCUAUUCAUACGAACACAAGUACCGGUGUGCGUGUGUGAGAAUAAGAAUUUAUUUUAAAAAAAUAAAGAAUGUCGUCCUGUU